UGCGCCUUGCGCGUCUGCGAGACCGGUUAGGCGGCCCGCGGCAGUGCUAGGGAUCCUUCUGUGUAGUUACAGUUUUGGCAACCCGGCGGCUGUGAGAGGGCUCUGGAGUCCUCUCGGCGGCGACCGGACCAAGGUCAACAGCGACCGGAGCAGCAGUCGAAGGCCGGGCGCGGCAUGUCCCCGGUGCCUCGACGCAGACAGUGAAGCGCGGGGCGAGCGGGAUGGGUCGGCGCCGGGCGCCAGAGCUGUACCGGGCCCCGUUCCCGUUGUACGCGCUUCAGGUCGACCCCGGCGCUGGGCUGCUCAUCGCUGCGGGCGGAGGAGGCGCCGCCAAGACCGGCAUAAAGAACGGCGUGCACUUUCUGCAACUGGAGCAGAUUAAUGGGCGCCUUAGCGCCUCCUUACUACACUCCCAUGACACAGAGACACGGGCCACCAUGAACUUGGCGCUGGCUGGUAACAUCCUUGCUGCGGGGCAGGAUGCCCACUGUCAGCUCCUGCGCUUCCAGACCCAUCCGCAGAAGAGCAAAAACAAGGCAGAGAAGGCAGGUUCCAAGGAGCAGGGACCUCGACAAAGGAAAGGGGCUGCCCCAGCAGAGAAGUCUGGAGCUGAAACCCACCAGGAGGAGGUAGAAUUCAGCGUAGAGAAUUUGCAGGCGGUGCAGACAGACUUCAGCCCUGAUCCACUGCAGAAAGUUGUAUGCUUCAACCAUGAUAAUACCUUGCUUGCCACUGGAGGGACGGAUGGCUACGUUCGUGUCUGGAAGGUACCCACCUUGGAGAAAGUUCUGGAGUUCAAAGCCCACGAAGGGGAGAUUGAGGACCUGGCUUUGGGGCCUGAUGGCAAGUUGGUAACUGUGGGCUGGGACCUUAAGGCCUCCGUGUGGCAGAAGGAUCAGCUGGUGACACAGCUGCACUGGCAAGAGAACGGACCCACCUUUUCUAACACGCCUUACCGCUACCAGGCCUGCAGGUUUGGGCAGGUUCCAGACCAGCCUGCUGGGCUGCGACUCUUCACGGUGCAGAUUCCCCACAAGCGUCUGCGCCAGCCCCCGCCCUGCUACCUCACAGCCUGGGAUGGCGCCACGUUCUUGCCCCUUCGGACCAAGUCCUGUGGCCAUGAAGUCAUCUCCUGCCUUAGUGUCAGUGAUUCGGGCACCUUCCUAGGCCUGGGCACGGUCACUGGCUCUGUUGCCAUCUACAUAGCUUUCUCUCUCCAGCGCCUGUACUACGUGAAGGAGGCCCAUGGCAUCGUGGUGACAGAUGUGGCCUUUCUACCUGAGAAGGGUCGUGGUCCAGAGCUCCUUGGGUCCCAGGAAACUGCUCUGUUUUCUGUGGCUGUUGAUAGCCGUUGCCAGCUACACCUGCUGCCCUCACGACGGAGUGUUCCUAUAUGGCUGCUGCUGCUGCUGUGUGUCGGGCUUAUCGUUAUGACCAUCCUGCUGCUCCAGAAGGCCUUUCCAGCUUUUCUUUAGCCUCCCUGCUCCCCGGGAGCCAGGGGCCUGGACACUACCACCUUCUAGACCAGUGUGGGCCUACCACUGCUCGCUCCAUCUGGGUCCACAGCUGAGGUUGCCUCUGAUGAGACUAAUGGGCAGUGCCUGCCCUUUCCAGUUAAAGCUUGGCUGCGGCCCUGUGCGACACGGAGUCCCGGGAGCCUUGCAGUCGUCAUCUGUGGAUUGCCCAGGACCGCGGUGUCCGAAGGCCAGGCCACACCUCCUGUCUCCGUCCCUCUGCCUACCAGGGGCUCCAUAGUUGAGCUUGUCCUUUCUCCAGAAAUAUGUGAAGAUGCCCAAGAACCUGGAGGCACUGCUGUCCUUCCCGCAGAAACAGUCGUUUUCUUCUCCUCCCCUCACAGCCUCGUGGCCAGUUGCUCUUCACAUGAGCUCCUGGCAUUUGCUGGGGCAAGCACUGGCCUGGGACUUGGUAUUAGGGAAGGAAGGGGCAAAAGGAAGAACCAGGCAGUAAUCUUUGGGUUCAGCUGGGUAGCUCCAAGCCAGCCAGGCUAAAUAUGCAGUAAAUUCCUGGACAGCCUACCCUAGCCUUGAGAAAAGGGAAAAUGAACUUCAGCGCAUUAGGCAGGAAAAGUUGAUAUUUAAUAAACAAGCGAAGACUGAA